AUGAGCAGAGAAGGCUUACCGAGUUUAUUAAAGACUUCAAAAAAAUUGCAUUUGCGUGAUAAAGAUAUUUUAGUAGAUUCGGGUAAUAUCCUAUUAAUUUAUCAUAGCUGGCAACAACAACUUGCACCUCAAAUGGAUUUUGAUUAUUUUAUUGAAAAAAUUGAAAAGAAUUAUGUUGAGACAAAAAGAGGUGAAAAUUUUGCUAAUAAUUAUGUUGAAAGAAAUAACGAUACUGGUAAUAAUAUAAUCAUAGAGAAUUACACAGAUGAUGAUGAGGGAGAUAAAAAUAUGGAUAAAAAAGAUGUUGAGAAUAAUAAUGGUAAAAAUAAAAAGAAAAUUAAAUAUCGACAUAAGAAUAAAAAUAAAGAAGAUAAUGGUGACAAUAACGAUAAAAAUAAAGUUGAAAGAAAUAACGAUACUGAUGUUGAGAAUAAUAAUGGUAAAAAUAAAAAGAAAAUUAAAUAUCGACAUAAGAAUAAAAAUAAAGAAGAUAAUGGUGACAAUAACGACAAAAAUAAAGUUGAAAGAAAUAACGAUACUGGUAAUAAUAUAAACAUAGAAAAUUACAUAGAUGAUGAUGAUGGAGGUAUGGAUAAAAAAGAUGUUGGGAAUAAUAAUGGCAAAAAUAAAAAUAAAAAUAAAUAUCGAUAUAUGAAUAAAAAUAAAGAAGAUAAUGGAGACAAUAACGACAAAAAUAAAGUUGAAAGAAAUAACGAUAUUGAAAAUAAUGGUGACAAUAACGGCAAAGGUAAAGUUGAAAGAAAUAACGAUACUGGUAAUAAUAUGAACAUAGAAAAUUAUAUAGGUGAUGAUGGAGAUAUAGAUAAAAAAGAUGUUGAGAAUAAUAAUGGUAAAAAUAAAAAGAAAAUUAAAUAUCAAUAUACGAAUAAAAAUAAAGAAGAUAAUGGUGACAAUAACGACAAAAAUAAAGUUGAAAGAAAUAACGAUAUUGGUAAUAAUAUGAACAUAGAAAUUUACAUAGAUGAUGAUGAUGGAGAUAUGGGUAAAAAAGAUGUUGAGAAUAAUAAUGAUAAAAAUAAAAAGAAAAUUAAAUACCAAUAUACGAAUAAAAACAAAGAAAAUAAUGGUGACAAUAACUGCAAAAAUAAAGGUAAAAGCAGCGAUGAGAAGAAUAAUAGUAAAGAAAGGAAUAAUUAUGAAGAAAUUGAUGAAGAGAUCGAUGAAGGAAUUGAUGAAGAAUAUAGAGAUAGUUUAUGGAACACCUCUUCAAGAAAUUCUAGAUUUUUUGAUCGUGGAUAUUGGAAUAACUAUUAUGGCAUUAGUAAAUCUAAUGAAGAUAACGAAGAAAGUUAA